AAUGAGCGAGCUCAGAUUCGGAAUCGCCCGGCAGGGCCACUCGGGAAGCCGUCGACGUCCACGUGCUCCCACUUUCUGUGUCCCAGGUUGGACACGCAGUGCCCGCAGCUGAGAUUGGGCGUUGCGAAAUCAACGAGUGCGUCUGUCUGUAACGUUAAACUCCGAGGAUAACGUGCCCCACCGACCGAAUUUGAGAUGUCCGACGUGUACAUGAGCGCUGCCUUCGAAGGCAACAGCUACGUCGGCGAAGCCAUCGACGCGUCGACUUAUGGGGAGGAGGAGGAGGACGAAGACGAUCCGUUGGCACCGAAAAAAGCUGACGCCGCCGCUGAUGAGGAAGAUGUCAAUUUGGAGGAGAGUUCUGAGGAGGAAAGUGUUGAGUGUCCAUUUUGUGACCGGACCUUCUCCACCACUGAGGACCUAGAGCGUCAUGUUGGUUACGAACACAAACGUGCCUGUCUUCGAUGUCGAAGAACACUGGCGACAGACGACGAGUAUGAAACUCAUCUUCAACAGCAUGAGGAUUCCUACACAUGCCACUUGUGUGACCAGCAAUUUGGAGAUGAAGCCGAUUUUGAGUUUCACCGAAUGGACGAACACUCUGCAAAAAAAUGUCCUCGCUGUUUGAAUGUUUUGCUCGAUCACGAAUUUAGACAGCACACAAAAAUGUGCCAUCUGCGCAAACAGGUUUUGCGUCCAUUAAAAGAAGAUUCUGGCGUUUUGGUGGUGGUGCCUGCAAAGCGUACACGCCGGGGUGGAGUGGUAGGGAAACGACGCAGCACCAGCCAGGUUGCAGUCAGGAGCAAUUCAAUUUCUACCACCGAGGUUGCAAGACGAGUGCAGAAGGGUGCUGCUGAGCGCUCUCGACGCGCAGAGCUUGGUCAAAGUUUCGAUCAUCUGCGAAUUCAAAUACCUUUACUCCGGCACGAAAAAUCCACUGCAACAAAGCAGGCCAUCCUUGCUGAGGCCAUCAGCCACAUUAAAGUGCUUGAAGAGCAGUCACACACUUAUCAUAAAGUACGACUUCUGCUUACUCGCCAGCAACAACGUCUGCGCCAACGAGUUAAAGAGCUGGAUUCAACCUCUGACUGAAAGUGACACCAUGAGUGAAAGCAAGACUUUGUGCUUCUUAUUGCUGUCUGAUUAAAAUCUGAGUUAAAUUUAAUCAUUCCGCUGUCACGGAACUUUCUAAAGAAUCAACCGUACUCGCCAACCAUUUCCAUCACAGAAUAUUGUUCGAAGAGAAAAGCGCUUACUACAUUUUAUUGUAUUAGGAUAUAAUAUUUAGCUUUAUAUUUUGAUGGUUUUCAGAAAUAAAAACAAAAUUGGACAA